GUCUGACCGUCACCCGGGUUGCUUUCAUCCGUCCUGUCACCCGAAGGACUCCGCGUCGGACCGGCUGGGUCGGAUCUCUGGGCCUCUCCAGUAGCGGGAUGAAAGCGACGUGGUGAUUAAAAGGAGCAUCUCCUCCCCGUCUCUCUCUUCUCCAGAAGCGGACCCCGGCUUUAUUCUCCUACCGGCGGAGACAUGAGGAACCCACUGGCCGAUUUAGCCCUGACAUUCUGGCUAUUUCUAGAGUGUGUAGAAGCAAAAAAGUAUUGCUGGUAUUUUGAAGGCGGAUACCCCAUCUACUUCAUAUGUCGCUCCUAUGAGGACUGCUGUGGGACUCGCUGCUGUGUGAGAGCCCUGUCCAUCCAGAGACUAUGGUACUUCUGGGUGCUGCUGAUGAUGGGAGUGUUGUUCUGCUGUGGUGCUGGUUUCUUCAUCCGCAGAAGGAUGUAUCCGUCCCCUCUGAGAGACGAGCCAGCGUUCAACGUCUCCUUCACCAGGCACCCUGUCACCACGCCAGUUUCCCAGCAACCAGGAAGUAUGCAGGGCUUCGGGGUCAACGGGAUGACAGGUGGUGACCCGGGGGUUACCAUGACGCACCCAGCAUAUGCUGCACAGCCUGGCUCCGCCCAUAUGAUGAUGAGCUCCUACCCUCCACCUCCGUCCUACUGCAACCACCCACCACCGCCCUACGAACAGAUAUUUCAAAACAGCGACAAGAAGUAACGUCUGCACUAAGCACUGAGGACAUCGAACUUGACACAAGGGAAGGAAGUAAGGAAGGAAAGGAAAGAAGGAUGCAGCGAGGAGGAAUUAACAGGAAAAUCAGAUGAAGAUGAGGAAGAGGAGGAAAGCCUGACAAUUGUUUCCAACUUUUUGGAUGGAAAACACACAAUCUGUUGUUCAGUGGAAAAGACCAAAAGAGGCACCGUAACCAGAAUCAUCACACACACACACACACACACACACACACACACACACUCUCACACACACUCUGGAGUGAUUAAUUUAUGUGGAUCUAUGUGUACAGUGACGGCGCCGGGCCGAGGAUGGACCAGUUUAGGUUUAGGAUUCACUCACGUUCACCUCUCUCCUCCACCCUCCCAUCACAACCACAGCUAGAACUGUACAUCAUGUAUUAAGAUGUUGGAGAUAUGAUUUUCUAAUUAACAGUAAUCACAAAAAGACACUGAUGUACAAACGGUUCUUAAAACCAGUUUCAGUGAUGACACUGCAGCCGGGGCUUUUUACUAAAUGAAAGUUCUUGAUACAUUUUUUAUUUCAGUGUGUAGUUCAGUUGCGUAACGACCUAAUGAGCUACGACAGCAGUAACUGGCUUGUUCUCCUGUUCGCAGUGAUGAAGGCUUUCAGUUCAGCACCAGGUGAAUCACAUGGACGGAGCCAAGCUGAGAUGGUUUGUACCAACUCUGACGUGCUGUGUAAAGCUGGUGGUUUGUGCCAUAACGUUAUUCUGGAAGAUGACCACAACAGCUGUGACCAGCACAGUCAGUAUAGCUACACGAUCCUGUCCUGUACGUCCAGCAUGGGGAGCACUAGCUACAGCAUGUGCUGCAGAUGCUGCAUUCAUGCACGAUCAGGAAAACCAACUGUUAUUCUGACUUGUGUGCUAUUCCAAGAUGGUUCCCCCCGCUCUGUCACCAGCUUUAAAAACGUCCGACUUAAGCAGAAAAUUUAAUUCAUUCAAACAGUGGGAGCAGUUAAUUUGAUAUGACUUUUUCACCUCGAUGCACUUCAGUGAACUUUGACCCCUGAAUGAGCAGUUGACCAACAGAAGGCCGUGGUGACAGUGCUGAGGUUUGGGGGGAUGGAGUGCUCUCACUCCUCUGUCAGUGGGAACUACUUAUUUUGUAUUUUCACUGUAACUUGGAUCACUUUGGAAAAAGGUGUGUUCUCAUGGUCAAAGAGUGAGGUGACACAGUCUGUGUUUACAAAGACCAGUUCAAGUACAGCUGGUUUUUGUGUGUACGCAUCAUUUAUGCAUCUGGCCCCUGGUCUUUAGCCUUUUAGUCACGCCAGUUAAAAAGCCUAAAUUAGCUGCUUAUGUUGGAUUUAUAUUUGGAGCAGUUCAUUAACAAGUGAAACCAGAUACAAACAAACGGUGCACAGCUGCUUUUGCAUGUUUUUUUUAUGCACAACAAUUUUAAUUUUGAACAUGAAAACACUUUGAUUCACUUUGUGACUCGAGUCACGAUGAAAGAUCUGUGUGUCACUGUGGCAGAGAGAGAUGGGCCGUCUGUAUUCAAUGUGUAUGUGUAGGUUUACAUUAGGGAGAAAUACUUGGCUACAAUUUUAAAUCAAUGAUUUAAUGAUUAAAGGGCGUGUUGCCAUAAUUAAAUGUGCCAACAUUUACAUAAUUAGCGAGAAGGGGAUGCACAUGGUCGUUCUGCUGCUCUCUGUGUCGGGACGUGUAGGAGCUGCAGCAGUGAUCAGUGAAGGAGCAUCAGCUGCUGGAGACUGACUCCUCAUUCACAGUCAUUUCUUCUCUUCUUAAGAUUUACGCUAAGAUGUGCAGUUUUUCUUCAAGUUCCUGCAACAAAUAUCUCCAACACAUUGGUGGUGAAAUAUGGUGAAGUUCUCAUGGCAACAGUUGCUCAGGUAAAUCAGACCCUAGAUAAAAUGAAAUAUUUGAUGAAAAUCAGAGGAAAAGGAGCCAAACAAAAUGUAUUGAUGUGAUGAUUCCCUUAGUAAAGCUUCCUCUUAGUAAAAUAUGUGUUAUUUUGUCUAAGUGAUUUCUUCAUAAACAGCCCCUGUUGUGUAAGAGUGAACAGACUGUCACCUCUGCUCCACCUGGCUGUCUCAGUGCAGUCAGUGUGACUGUAUGUGGGAGAGGGAGAGACACAGUCGUCCUCUCAGACAGUCUGCUGAAUAUAGAGCAGCUCUGUGCUCCCAGCAGGACGUCAGGCAGCAGCUUCAGAGGCAGAUACACGUCCAACAUCAGCCUCCUGCUCGGUUUACUGCAGUGUUCAGCCUGAGCUUCGACCGAACAGCUCAGGUGUUAAAGGUCGUCUGCCAGUCACUAUUCUGUGCUAACACACCACGUCUCGACCUGGUCCAGGACUGUACAUGUUAUUGGUCUGUGUGGAUCUUAGUCGCUAUCACAGAUCUGCUCAUGAAAUUUGUUUUGUCUGUUGGAUUUCACAAGACUAGCUGUUCCCCCUGUGUCCCGUCUCUAUGCUAAGCUAACUUGCUAUAUAUCACUUCACAAAUGUUUUUUUUUCCAUCAUGCUUUAAAGUCUUUCCAACUAUUUACUAUUUUUAGUAUUUUCCUGUCACAAAUUUUCUGAGCGGUUCUGUGACUUAUUAUAAUGGUCCUGGAUCAGGACUACACUGUCGUGAAGUGUGACCAUUUUCAUGCCAAAAAAAAUCACGGUUUUUGCCAAAACUCUGGAAAAGGCGUUUGAAAACCAGAGUGAAAGCCCAGAAAAUAAUUGACAACAUCAUGUAUGAAAACUGAUCUAAAUGUCAGUUCAGAGUACAAAGCGUCACUUUGUCACGAUUGAAUUUACAUGUGUUUACUCAUGGUUAUUUAUUGAUGUCCUGGGAACCGAUGCCACGCUGAUGUUGUUUGUACAGAGUGAUGUGUGUUAUUUUACUGAAGAACAGAACGACUGCUCCAGUGGAGUAACUUGUGAUUUUUGGUUCUUUUUGGACAUUUCGUGCUGCAAUAAUUACCUAGAAGAAGAAGAUGAUGAUGAUGAUGAUGAUGAUGAUGAUGAUGAUGAUGAUGAUGAUGUGGUAGUUUUAAAGAGGUAGCCGAGCUCUUUCUGUAGCAUAGGUUUGUCUUCGUCGCCAUCCCACCGACACAACAAUCACCGACCACACUGAAAACACAACGGGCCUUAUCCAAGAAUCUUUCUCAGCAAAGCUGCAAGGCCUUUCAUCCUACAAAUUUAAACUCCACAUUCAUUCAGAUUCAGAUUAUGAUUCUCAAGUUUCUUUUCUCUUCAUGACUGGUCAGCAGGUACUCGCAUCUUUCAUUUAAAUUGUAAAUAUAGAGAGAAAUUGGAGAAAAGCAACAGGUUCCUUAUGUAUGUCGCUGGAACACGCCUCACAAGUACGUUCUGCCUGUUCGGUUCUUGCGUGAGGCCUGUUCCUCCCUGAUGUAGACUGAAGACUUGCAUCUAGUGGCCGUAACGGGUUCCACAGCUUCUGGACGACAUGACGACAUUUCCAUGUUUUAAAAAAAAAGAAGAACGCUUUGUGGCUUGCAUGGCUAAAAGAAGUUUUAAAAAAAAAAAAAAAGGAAAGGAAAAAACAUUGCCAGUGCGUGUAAUGAAAUCAAGUUCUCAUCCUUUUUUAUGGCACAAAUAAGAACUGACCUGAUGGGAGUGCGAAAUAUGGAAGACCAAUUCUGCCACUGGAAAAAACAACUUUUAUUUAAAUUAAAAGGUAUUUGUUCUCAUUGUUAUGACUUUGUAUCGCAUAGAAAUGUCACAAAAUUAUGAAAUAUUAUCAUAUCUUAUUAUGAGAAACAUCUUUUAUCAGCAUUUAGUUAGUAUCACAUACUUGUGGAAGUUUCUCAUAAUUAUAUUGUUUUUUUUUUAAAGAGAUACUAAGUCAUAAUGAGUUACCAGUUCAUAAGAUACCAUUAUAAGAUGAUAAUUCUGGCUUAGUACCCAUGAAAAUGAAAAGGUAAAUACAUAAUAAUGACUUGUUGGUGGAUUUUCUUCCAUAUGUCCGAAGGGGAGGUCAAGGAAUCACCAAAACCUAAUUCACAGCAAACAUAAGUGUACUGUAUUUUUCAUAUUAAAGAAUUAAACCUCAUUCACAGCCGAUCAUCAGCAGGUCGUUAAAUUAAAGGCGUUAAAGUACGGACACCCAUUUCUUAAUCUGUAUACAGUAUUUAAAGAAUGACCACCGCCUGUCCUCCAGUGGACGCCGCUUUAUGGCACCAGAUGUGGUUGUGAAAGCCUGUACUGACUCUUUGUUACGGUGAUUUAGUUCACAGUCUGCGCCCUGUUUUAAAUAUCGUUUAUGGAUGGAGAGGAUUCCUGUCCUGGUCCAUCCAGCUGUGGUGCUGUUUCACAGUGAAAGAACAUCUGUAAAGCACACGCCAAUGUAGAGUCGAUGGAAGGCCGCCUGAGAGACUCUCCUGAUCCCAGUCUGGUUUCCAGGCUCCUACAGGAAACCAGUAGCAGGGUUUGGAACAAGACUGGGGCCCCUCACAGCAACAGAGUCUCUUUAGGUCUCAGGCUGUUUGAUGAUAGAAAUACAUAGCACAAUAUUAGGAAAAGGCAUUCUGUUUAAUCAUGUCAAACUAUGCAACAGAUUCUGUAAUUGAAGCAUCUGAACCCUCAGUUCUCUCUUGUUAACUUCUCCUUUUCAUCUGCUUUGAGGAUUUCAACAUAAAAUAUCAUGAUACAUUGUGAAAUAUGUAAAUAAACUUCACUUCUGAUAAAAUGUGA